AUGCCCGAUACUGAUAAUGAUAAUGGCCGUGGCCAGCUGGAAGAUCAUACGGGCAAUGCCCUCGCUGAGUACGAUGAUCUCACGGCGGACCGGGUCUGCCGCAGGUUGAAGAACACGAAAGCUGUACCAAACACACUGCCGGCCAGGAGCGAAAAGCCCAGCUGGCCCGCACGUUUUGCCGGUAAGGACGGCGCUACGCUGGAAGACGUGAUCGCUCACCUGAAAAAAGUAUAUGCCGGUGAUGUAGGCAUUGAAUACACUUACAUCACAAACAAGAAAAGAUGUGGCUGGAUUGAGCAGGAGUUUGAACAGAUGCAGACGCAACAGUUCAGCCUCGACCAAAAGAAACGCAUCCUGUUCAAAUUGAACGAAGGCGUGAUCUUUGAAAAAUUCCUUCAUACCAAAUACAUCGGGCAAAAGCGCUUUUCACUGGAAGGCGGUGAGAGCACUAUUCCUGCCCUGGAUACCAUUAUCAACGAAGCGGCUGCUGCCGGUGUACAGGAAGUAACGAUUGGGAUGGCACACCGUGGCCGCCUUAAUAUCCUGGCCAAUACACUGGGCAAAACCUAUGAGCAGAUAUUUUCUGAAUUUGAAGGAAAUAUGCCUGCGGACACGACCAUGGGUAGCGGCGAUGUAAAAUACCACCUUGGUUUCCGCUCUAAUAUCAAGACGCCAUCCGGUAUUGAUAUUAAUGUACAGCUGACGCCGAACCCUUCCCACCUGGAAGUAGUAGAUCCUGUUGUUACCGGUUUUGCACGGGCCAAGGCAGAUGUCUUAUAUGACCAUGAGUAUGAUAGCGUAUUGCCGAUCCUGAUACAUGGAGAUGCUGCCAUCGCCGGCCAGGGUGUUGUUUAUGAAUUAUUACAAAUGAGCAAGCUGGAAGGUUAUUCCACAGGAGGAACCAUCCAUUUUGUGAUUAAUAACCAGAUCGGCUUUACCACCGAUUUUGAUGAUGCCCGUUCUUCGGAUUACUGCACCAGCAUUGCAUCGCUGGUACAUGCACCGGUACUGCACGUAAAUGGUGAUGACCCGGAAGCUGUGGUAAAAGCAGCGAUGCUGGCCGUAAAAUACCGCCAGGAGUUCAACCAGGAUAUCUUUAUUGAUAUGGUGUGCUAUCGCCGCCACGGACAUAACGAAGGAGAUGAUCCGAGCUUUACCCAGCCCAAGAUGUAUGAGCUGAUCAAAGCACAUCCUAAUCCGCGUGAGGUGUACAACAAGCAGCUGAUUGAGCGUGGUGAUGUGGAUGCAGAGCUUGCUAAAGAAAUGGAAGCCGCUUUCUGGAAAAACUUACAGGAGCGCCUGGACGAUAUUAAGCAAAAGCCCAUCCCUUACCAGUUGCAGGGACCGGAACAAGCCUGGCAGAAAUUGUCGCGCGCAAAGCCGGAAGAUUUCCUGCAAAGCCCUGAAACGGGUAUUGGUAAAGAGCAGGUGGAAAAACUAUUCCGCGGCCUGAUGCAGAUACCGGAAGGGUUUAAGCCAUUGCGUAAGAUCCAGAAGCUGCUGGAAGAAAAGGAGGCCUUUAUAACCGUGUUCCGUAAGUUGGGGCAGUUCAGAAAUGAAGGAUCACUGGAAGGAUGGAUACGGAGGAUUGUGAUCAAUACGUCACUCAAUGGUAUUAAGGCCAGAUACCCUGUGACGGAACCGCUGGAAGACCUGCCGCCCGAAAGCUUUACAGAACAGGUAGUAGCGCCGCAAACAGGCAAUGAGCAGGACCUGAUAUCACUCGUAAGAACAUUGCCGGAUGGUUACCGUACCGUAUUUAAUCUCUAUGCGGUGGAAGGUUAUUCACAUGAAGAGAUAGGCCAAUUGCUGGGCAUUAAAGCCACCAGCUCCCGGUCGCAAUAUGCACGUGCCCGUGAGUUGUUGAUGAAGAAACUGGGUGCCGAUUAUCCUGACAAUAAAAAGAAAGGGCAACAUGGAUGA